AACUUGUGAGUUAAAUGAUAAAGUUCGCUUACAUCUGCUACUGUGGCUAUAUUAGAUGGGGAUUGGUCAACCACUAAUAAAUCAUUUUUAUGCAAUAUAAAAAUACUUCAACAAGUAAUAUUAUCAAUAAUUACAUUGUAAAUGUUGUUGGUGAAUGUUCAUUUCCGGAAACCUUCCAGCAGAGGGCAGAUAUACGUAGCGUGUCCGUAGGAAGUGGGGGAACAAAAUAGUGACGGACCAAUAUGGCGGCGCACCAUCAUGCUAGCAGGAAGUAUAGCAACUUGUGAGUUAAAUGAUAAAGUUCGCUUACCUCUGCUACUGUGGCUAUUUUAAAAGGAGAUUGGUCAACCACUAAUAAUUCCUUUUUAUGCAAUAUAAAAAUACUUCCACAAUCAAUAAUAUCAAUAAUUACAAUGUAAAUUUAGUUUUUAGUGAAUGUUCAUUUCCGGAAACCUUCCAGCAGAGGGCAAAUAUACGUAGCGUGUCCGUAGGAAGUGGGGGAACAAAAAUAGUGACGGACCAAUAUGGCGGCGCACCAUCAUGCUAGCAGGAAGUAUAGCAACUUGUGAGUUAAAUGAUAAAGUUCGCUUACCUCUGCUGCUGUGGCUAUUUUAAAAGGGGAUUGGUCAACCACUAAUAAUUCAUUUUUAUGCAAUAUAAAAAUACUUCCACAAUCAAUAAUAUCAAUAAUUACAAUGUAAAUUUAGUUUUUAGUGAAUGUUCAUUUCCGGAAACCUUCCAGCAGAGGGCAAAUAUACGUAGCGUGUCCGUAGGAAGUGGGGGAACAAAAAUAGUGACGGACCAAUAUGGCGGCGCACCAUCAUGCUAGCAGGAAAGAUAGCAACUUGUAAGUUAAAUGAUAAAGUUCGCUUACAUCUGCUACUGUGGCUGUUUUAUCAAUUUGGAUACAAGCCACCCCUAUACGCGUCUCUGAUUAAAGAGUAGCACAACAAAGGGUGACAAAAUUAACGUUAGAAAUACAUAAGCAAUGUGGGGUGAGCUCGAACCUCGCGUUAAAAUACAACCGGAUACGUCGGAUAGAUCUGAUCCGAAGGACGACCGAAGUACAACAACUGAAAAACCGUUAGAGAUAAAGCUCCGUGUUGCCCCCAUCCUUCACCAGGAGCCGCUGGAAGACACCCAGAAUGUUCCUGCUGAUGUCACCGCCUUGUUGGAUGCUGUGGUUGUGAGUGGAAGCCAAGUGAAGAGUCAGCAGAUGGGAGAAGCUGAACUGACACCUGAAGAGCGUAAAAAAGAGCUCCUGCAGCAGUACAGGAGCAAACCUCUGGUCUUCCUGGAGCGAUACCAUAGCUACCUGAAGCCGGAGCAUCUGCGAUCCUUUGCCCACGUCAGCGCCGACCCGCGGGCUCAACACUACAGCGAAGUGAUCCACAGGCGAGCUGCAGGAAGCACUGAUAAGAAGCGAGUUAGAAACCAGCGCUAUGCUGCUCUCAGGGCCUUGCAGAAAGAGGGUGAAUACUUCAGUGAAGAAGAGAUGCGGAUGAGGGAACCGCUGUUGUAUGAACAUUACAUUGGACAGUACCUCACCGACGAGGAGGUGCUAGAGCGCUCCCAAGGGGCUAUGUUGGAUACUGCACAGGGGGGAACCGAGGCGUCCGGCGGGCUCGCCCACCUCCUCCUCAACUCCUACCAAGAGCGUCUCAUCCAAGGUCGUUUACAGGAGGAGCAAGAGAGAGAGGAUGGUGCUCGGGAGGAGGAUGAGGACGAGGAUGAUGAAGAUGACAGAGUCCAAGAGCAGACUUGGGAGCCGACGUCUGAAGAGAAGGCUCUCCUACGGGAGGAGUUCAUCAGUCAGAUGCACCAGCGCUUCCUCGACGGCAAAGACAAGGAUUUCAACUACAGCGAGGUGGACGAGAACCCGGACUUCGACAACCUCGAUAUUGUCAACAGAGACGCAGAGGAAAAGUACUUUGACGAAGACGACGACGAGGAAGAAGAUGAAGACAUUAUGACUGAAUAGUGACUGCAUUUCAAAUACCGUAUUUCUCCUAAUAUAAAACCCAAGAAAAAGGUCUGGGAAAAGAUGAGUCAAAGUGGGUAAGAGCUUUUCUUCCUGUCACUCACACACACACACAACAGUGGCCUGGGAGAGGAGAGAAGCAUCUGGUAAGGUGUUGGGUGUACUUUUCAGUAUUCAGUGCUAUACUUAGUAAUAAAUACUGUUUUUGGACUUAUUAUUUCCUGUGAUAACCGAGCCUGCAAACGUAUUAGUUAAAAUGUGCGGAAAGGAAAACAAAAUCUGAUGAUAAUUAAAAAUAAUUCAUUUUUUGGUGCAAUUUGUUCCAUGCAUUUUUAAUAAAGCCAUAAUGUAUAAACAUCGGAUAUACAGUAACCCCUCGUUUAUCGUGGUUAAUUUGUUCCAGACCCUGAUAAGUGAAUUUCCGAUACUAGAAAACAUGUUUCCUACCUUCUUAAUACCUUUUAAACAUCAGCUUUCCAUUAAUAUUUCCAUUAAUAUUACUCAAUAUAGUCAAAGAAAUAACAUAAAGUAGAAAAAUUCAGCCCUGUGCUUGUGUGUGUUGCUGUAAAUGUGUCCCAGUGUUGAACAGGAAAUGACAUCAGGGAUUCAGACUUGACUUUUAGCUUGGUGUUGCUAACGGCGGCAACAGAGACCCAUGUUGGCGAUGAUUGCGCCUGUUGUGAGAUCAUUCAAACCUGCCAUAAACGCUUGUUGUUGGGCAA